UAUCCCAGUCCAAACAAAAACAUACCUUCUGGAAAAUUUCUCAUCUCUGCCUCUUUCUGGGAAAUCAUGGCUGACCAAGAAAUCACCGAAAUUCUUCAAAAAACAGAAUCCCUUGGAAUCUCUGACUCUAUCCUCCGUUUCAAACCCCAAAAAGAGUGGUAUCGAGAAAAAACUUUGUGAGAUUCUGGUGGGAAAAUUGAUCUCUGAAAAGAAAUACUCAGCUGGAACCAUGGAACUCACCUUGAGUAGAAACUGGAGAGAGAUCAAGCAACCCUCCGUGGUGGAGCUGGGCACCAACACUUUCAGCAUCUCUUUCAAAUCAGGGGAAGAUAAACAGAAGAUCUGGGAAUCGCGCCCUUGGAAGAUCGCUGAUGCUCUUCUAGUUCUCAUUGACUGGAAAGGAAAAGGCAAAAUCAAAAUUGAAGAACUCAACUUCAACAAGACCAUCAUCUGGGUUCAAAUCCAUAACUUUCCAGGUGAACUCAGAUCUGAAGAAAACGUAGCCACCCCUCUAAACGAAAUAUUCAAAGAAAUCAUUAGAGGAGAUGAGAUGGGAGUUGCAGAAGGAAAAUAUGUAAGCUUCAUCAGGGUCUUGGUCGGCAUAGAUCUAUCUGAGCCCCUUGCUCCGGGCUUCUUCCUUCAAGAUGAUGCCCCCCCUGACAUUUGGGUCGAGUUUAAAUACGAGCGGCUUCCGGCAAAUUUCUGCUACUCCUGCGGCAGAAUCGGCCACUCCCAACUGAUGUGCAACCACCCAGAGGAAAGAGUUGAAGGGAGGUAUGGAGAAUGGACUCGUGCUGGCCACCACUCUCCGCCAUCUCCCCUAUCUUGUACCCCUGUGUUGACGCCGGGCACGGCAGAAAGUAAAACCGGCGAUAACUUUUCCUCUUCCGGCGACCGCUCGGUUGGACGACUCAUGGACGGGAGACUAUCCGGUGGACGGGGUCCCCGAGGCAAAGGAAGAAGAGAGGAAGCAGAUGUCAGAACCAAGACCCAUCUUCACAUGGGUACAACGGCUAGAUUGCCUGACUCGAGGAAGGAAACUGAUGGACCUCCGCCGGGUUUCGGGCUUCCUAGACCCACUGGUGCUGCAGACCAACUUUUACGGAUGAAAGAGGCAGACGAUUGCUCUCCUUACCAACCUAGAAAGCUCUCUUUUGGAAAAGAUCAAACUGACGAAGAAGGUGGGUGCACGCAGAAUCAAAGGGAGGCAGGGCAAGGCUCUGGCUCUAGGGUUGAUGUAGGUAUGGGAAUGGGCUUCUCCCCCCCAAGCCCAUAUCCGAACCUCCUCAACCCUCUGAUGGGCCAACAAAGCCUAUUUCCAAGCCCAAACUACCUCAACAUGUACCAGGAAAACAUGUUUCUCAACCAAGCCCAACUCCCCUUUCUGAUGUGGGAUAACAAUCAAAAUGAAGCCCAAUUCCUAAGCCCUUGGGGCCUAAAGAGUGAUCAGCCCAGGAAAAAGAUCAAAGUUACAAGGAAGAGGAAAAAUGGCGGCAGUACACUGGAAGUUGAGGGGCAAUAUGGAAGUCAAGCUGCUCCGAGGGAAUUCACUGAAGAAGAAGAUGGAACUGGAUAUUCUGAGGAAAUGGUGGCUGAACCAAAGCCAUCAGGGCAUCCAUGACUACAAUCUGCUGGAACUGUCGAGGAUUCGGGUCCGACUCGGCAGUUGACUAUCUUAGGGACUUGCAUCGAUCAUUCAAGCCAAUGAUCAUUUUCCUUAUGGAGACUAAGCAGCCUGAAAAUGAAAUGGAGAAAGAAAGAAGAAGGGCUAGAUAUGCUAACAAAUGGUACUGCAAUCC